CGCGCUGAAGUCGGGUACGCAUCGCUCCUUCUCCGCUCCGCGCACCUCUUCGGCGUGCGGCGCGCGUUGUUUUGGACCGUCACUCCCCCUGUGGUUCGCACCGUUGGCGGCGUGUGCGCAACGCACCUUCAGCGGGUCGCCCGGUGGCUCGUGACACUUCUCGCGUUGCGAAUAAGAGCGGUGACACCGGUCCUCCCGCAGUUGGGUUAGUCAGUGUGAUUCGCUCGACAGCACGUUGGCGAGAACGCGAGUGUCGGCGCACAAGCUGGUCCACGGCGUUUCUGGAAGGUCGGGACUUCAACGAGUACGAACUUCGUGCGAACUUUUGGGGAUCGCCGCUCGCUGAGUGGUCAGUAAGGCAAGUACGCUGACUUCUUGCCUGUGCUUUGCAGAGACGUGACGAUACAUUGCAGUGUGAUAGCUGAGCGAAAGCCGGCACUUGCUACUGGACAACCGAACUCCGCUUCAACCGAGACGCUACAGAAACGAAAGUUGAAUCCUUUUCAUCCAGAAAGCUUGCGUGCCUUUUGAAGUGUCAAGAACGAAGUCGACUUUGCUGCUUCGCACGAUAACAUCUCCGUGCCGAAAGUUGUGUGGCGAGGAAACCGAACCGCUACUUGCUCGUUAUCGGCGUCGCUCUCUGCGGGACGUCCGACACGGAUCGACACAGCGGGAGAGCGCCCUCGCUAAACGUCUAAAAGCCCUGGGAUAGCUCGAGUUGUUUCAGCGAGAGAUACAUCACGAAUCUGGAGUUGACUGUUUCGACCAAAAUCAACCAGUCAUCAUGAUGCCAAAGUUAAAAGUGGCGGCCAUCCUAUUCUUAUGGACUUUCACGGGACGCUGCACUGCAGGUCCGCUGGGAGACGCCACUGCGAGUCGACGCCACGCACCUCGUUCGAACGCCGGAGGUGACAUGGGAUUCCGGACACAACGGUCGGGCGCACUGGACGAAAAGCCUCACGUGGUGCACCCUACGUCGAAAGAUCCCACGGCGAAUAUACCUGAAAAGGAGCAAGUCAUCAACACGCCGAACGAAGGUUCCUUACGAGAGCCUCCAACAAGAUACCAACUUCCGCAAACUGUCAGCUCACCAAAUGUGGCGAGGAGCAUAGACCGAAGGCUGGGCUCACCGAUAAAAGACACUUCGACAAAGACUCAGGAGAGACCACAGGUGCCCCCGAGAGUGCCCCUUCCAGCAAGGCCUUACGGCGAGCGUGACCCUGUUCCUCAAAUUCCAGUGCCACCGUCGCAGAGCACCAUCAACAACGCACAUCGUCCACCAUAUGGAGGCGACAAACAAGGCUACCCUGGGCCGCCGAGAUGGCCAGCGUACCCAAGGCCGCCCUUUGGAUACGGAGUGCCCGUGGGAAACGUCCAAGUGCCCACCACGCCAAGGCCACCAAGCUGCUUCUACAAGUCCGAGCGGUACGAACACGGCGACUCGGUGGAGACCCCGGAGCCGUGCCUGAACUGCACCUGCCAGAAGGGCGUCCUGGUCUGCUACCUGCGCGUGUGCCCGGUCAUUGGCACGCCGGCGCCAGGCUGCUUCACGGCCAGGGAGGCCGGGCAGUGCUGCCCCAGCGUCUUCUGCAGCGGAGAUAAGAAGUCCGAAACCACAACAACUCCGCCGCCUCCUACCGACGACGACUACUACGACUACCCCGCGACCGUAGACUACGAGGCCGAAGCUACCACUACCACAACCACGACUACCACUACAACCAGGAGGCCCGUCACAACCUCUACCCGCAGGUACAGCUUCGCUCCCAAGCCCGUCAAGCGGCCGUACGACAGCGGCAUCGACGAAGUCGAACUGUCCGCCAGAACACCCAGCGUCAUUGUGGAGCAAACGGAACAGAGCACGACCGCGGAAGUCGACGUCGCGACCACUACAACCGAGUUGCCUUCGACGACCACGACGACCACGACAACGACGACCGAAGCAGCCCAGACGUCGCCCGAGGCUACGACCACUGCACGCCCGACCACGGCAUUCGCCCCGACCACGACGCAACAACAACCGGCCGGCACCGCCUCCUCUCCCAAACACUUCGUAACCGUGACGGCAAUCGGGAUCACUCCCACGGCGACCACGUCAUUACCCGUGACGACGACGACGAUUUCCAUCGGGUUUUCAGGAAGCGACCACCGCAACAAAGUGGAUGUGACGCAGCAGUCCGACUCUCCUGCCAGCAGACCGAACGCUCGACCAAAACCGGGUCAGACAGAAGCAAGCGCCCCAACUGCCACAACGCCUUCCACCACAACCAGUACUGCGAGUCAUGAGACGAGCACGCCUCCAAAGCCGACAGGCCAGGAUACUGGUAACACGAUAAAGCCCGAGGUCCUGGGAGGAGGGCCGAACGUCGUCGUCACCACAACCACAGGAGUUAGCGCAGUCGCUGCCCCGACAGAAUCGCCCUUCGACAGCGACGAAGCCCUGGCGGACGCCGGGCACGUCGCCGACACGACGUCGCCAAACGAGGUCGAGGCGCCCGUCAGAAAGCCUCUGACCGAGGAGGAGCCCGUGAACAGCGUCGAGGGCGACUUGCAAGGAGGCGGCAGAGACAGCGUCAUGUUCGUGUCGUCCACGCCAAUGCCGUUCGAGUUGCACCACAGCUUCGAUUUGCAGGACCUCAACAGCGUCUCCGGAGCGUGCCUGGACGAAGCCUCGCUGUACGCCGAGGGGUCCGCCAUGCUUUCCUCCAACUUUUGCAAUUACUGCUACUGCAUUCGCGGCUUAAAGCGUUGCGUCCAGCCUAAGUGCCACCUGGCGGUGAAGGACUGCGAGCCGCAGUUCACCAGCCAGUACGACUGCUGCCCCGCCAGCUAUGCCUGCACUCAAGGGCCGAACGCAACGACGCCGCUUCCGCCUCCUUCGACGUCGGCCUCAACUACCACCAGCACCACCACUACCACCACCACCACAACGACGUCGACCACGACCGAGGGGCCGGUCGUCAUUCCCAUUCAGGGCUGCUGGAAGAAGGGCAAUCUGUACCGGGUAGGGGAGCCGAUACCUGGCACAAAGGACUGCGAGACCUGUUUUUGUUCCCCCCGUGGACCACUCUGCCAACGGAUCGAGUGUCCGCCUGUUGCCCUGGACUGUGAGCCUGUCAUCCCACGAGGACACUGUUGCCCCACCGAGUACAUAUGCAACAAGACGCAAGUUUACAAAGACAAUGAAUACCUGGUACCUGGACUUGACAAAAGCGUGCACCAUCCCCAAGCUUCACCCGAUGGGUACAGGGACAGCCAGCCCUUGCCAAGAAAGUCAGAUGGCACACUGGACUACAAUUUGGUGCCCCAGCCUGCGUACAGGCCACCCACAACGCAAGAGACCCCUCUGCUCGACAGUAAUGUUGCAACAGAGAAGACCACUACUGCCUUGCACACAGAACUGCCUAGUCAUACUACCACAACAAUGCCAGUUACCCGGUUUGCUCCAACACCAACCAUGAGAGAGAAACAACCAAUUUUCUUAGCUGUUAACAAUGAAAAGCAAGGUAUUAGCAUCCAGCCAGCACUUGAGUCGUCUUCUCUACGGCCUAUAACUGGAACCGGCACUGGAAGCUCUAAGUCUGACGAUCAGACAAAGGCCGCAACAGAAACUCCAGCAGAGAAAAAAACACCCAUCUACAAACCUGCAUUCCUAAACACAAACAAUGGAGAUAAAAUGGUAAAUGAAAGUACAACAGAAGUAAAUGCCACAGCACUCCCCUCACUGACACUGCUGUAUAGAAAAACAGCAGGUCAUCCAAAUGACUCAACAAAACAUUUGCAGCAAGAUUCUGACCCUGCAGAUAGGCCUGCAGAGCCAGCCUCAUUCUUAGAUCCGGUAAACAAGAGCCCACCCAUAUUGCCACAAGAAGGGCUGCAGUUUUCGGACCUAAUAGACCGUGUGUUCUUUCCUGGCAAAGAUGAGAAGAAGGAGUCUGGUGAUGUAAACCUCCAGACGGCGCAGCUGAGCCCAGUGUACAGCCAAGCACACCUCUACAAUGCAACUUCCCUCGGAGCAUCUGUAAUAGAAGCCCGCUACCCAGUGAAAGAAAAUGACACGCUUCAGCCAGUGUACGGAACAGUGCCGGCUUACCACAGACCAACGGCAGAGUCUAGCAUCGGAGAAGCAGGCAGCCUGAAGCCUCUUUAUGGGAAACCGCCCUCAUUUAGGGAGGAGAGCUCUGAUGAACUUAUUUCACAGAUGCACACACAAGUCAGCACCAAUGCAGAGGUUCAUUACGAGCCUGCCAGUUCAUUAGACGCAGAUAUGCCAUCUACUAAUAAGUCCCUUGUAGCAGCUGCAGCUACAAACUCCACAGUGGAGAGCUCUAAGCCUCAGAGCAAGCUAUCUUAUCAAAAUGGCACGCAGCAUGAACAGGGUAAACGUCCUCACAUAAGCAUACGUCCCACGGAGCUGACCCCUAUUUAUUACGAUGUGCGCAAAUACACAACCACUCGAAGGCCUUCGACGACCCAGAGCACUCAAGGCAGCACUGCACACCUUAGCACCAUGACCACAUCGGGCACAACAGUACAUGUGCAUCGUACAUCCAUUGCAGCAGCUGGAGAUGCAUUACACAUAUCCAAUGAGAGUCACAUCAGAAAGGAAGCUCCAGAAUCCCAUCCCAGCUUGAAGACAACAGCAAAGCCCGACUACAAUAUUUGGGAACUGAUGUACUUUAAUCGGUCUGUGCCUACCGUAGAACCAACCGAACCCAACAACAUUACAGAAACCAACAUAUGGAAAAGGAUGUUCUUCAACCAGUCAUGGCCUACUGCAGAGCCAACCGAAGUGGACAAUAUAACAGAUUCCAGCAAUGAAAUAACCAAGAAAAUAUCACCCGACAAGCCCACCGAAGAAGUUGGCUUCACAACAAGCGUCAUUAAGGUGAGGGUUGGCAACACGCUUAAUGUCUCUGUGGACAGCAGCAACCAGUCCAAGUACCGAAACGUGGAAGAAGAUGGCAUUAUUGUCAGUGUAUAUCCGGAGCACCAAAUGGAUGGCGGAGUGACCGACCUUCAGGACAUGCCGCUUCAGGGGCAGGUUGAGAGUCGAGCAAUUUCUUCCGGAAGUCUUUACAAGGGGAUCCAACACUCAGGUGACAAGGCCAAAUCACCUGCUGAGCUCACACAGGUGAUUUCAGACAUCAUAAAGGCUCACAAGAGUGAGGAACCCGAAGUCAUCACUGCUCCAAACAUAGACUUUUCAAAACAAAAUAUAAUGACUGUCAAGGUAACACCCAGCAACUCCUUUAACGUUUUUUCCCUUGUGUUGUUGGACAAGAAUGGCACAAAUAAGCAUGGCACGAUUUCGACAACAGAGCCACCCGUGGAUACUGCACCUUGGGCACCGAUGGAUCCUGCUGCAGAAGAUACUUCCAUCACAAAACACUCUGCUGAAUAUGACCAUCGCAACCUGACAGGUAGUGGCACCCUGUCAUCAACAGAAAGCUAUGAGCCACAAGCUUCUCUCACAGUACAAACUAAGCAGUUGCCAAAUCUUGCGUCGAGUGAAACAGUUGAGCAUCCAGAAAAGCCAGCAUUACACUCCACAUUCAGAAUUGUACCAUUCCUUGCAGAAGACGCUAUAUUCAAGCCGGCAACUCCAACACAGUCCUCAAUGGUAAACUACACAGGUGCCUACCCCAGAAUAGUGAACACGGAUCCCAGAGACACCAUGGAAGACAACUGCUUUGUGGAUGGCCAUUUGUUCGUCAAUGGUGAAAUGAUCAAAAAGGAGAACCCCUGUGAGCUGUGCCGCUGCUAUUACGGACGGGAGCUCUGUCAGCAGAAGAACUGCCCGCUGCCUCCUUCACCGGCAUGCAUCAGCGAAGCUGUCCCUGGAUUCUGUUGCCCAAAAUACACUUGCCGUCCGGAGGACGUCUACUUCCCCCCAGAUACCGAGACGACGCCUGCACCUGACAACCUAGUACAGCAGUACACCGUGAAUGUUUGGUCGGCAAGGAACCCUACGAGACACGCAGGUUUUGCGGGUGCACACAGUACCGCUCAGCAGCCUGGGCCUGCAGGCCGGAAAAGCACACCUCCAUGGCACACAACUUCUUCCUUUUCCCUCAAGAACUCCCCGACACUCAAGCCAUACUUGCUGCAGAGACAUCCAUCCCCACAAGAGCUGCACAACAGGUUUUCUCACUUGCACAGCACAGAAGAUUCAAGCAGUUACGAAGAGACGACACCACCACCGCCACCUACAACAACUACUGAGCCGCCCACAACAUCUCAGUCACCUAGCAGCAGCCAGCAACUAUGGAAUAUUUUCCAAGUUUCAGGCUGCAACAUCUACGGAAGGCUCUACGGCGUGAAUGAAGUUGUGCGGGAACUCAGCAGCAAGUGCAAGGCCUGCACCUGCACGUCACUCGGAGUGCAGUGCAACGAAACGUGUUGACCGUGACCCUCCCCUGCCCAAGCCAUCAUGCACACAGCACUCAACAUCCAGUUUUGACGGAGAAGGCAAACUUUUCUACAGCAAAGGUGCCAGUGUCAGCACAGGGGCCACCAACUGGCUUGUGCAAGCGAACCGAGUCUCACGGCGGAGCAGUGCGGCACCACUCCCUGUGCUGGUUGUGCCUAGUGUCGAGGUUUGAACACAAAUUCCUGGCACGUACAGGUAGCGGCAUCUAAGUUGACAGACUGGGACAUAAACUAUUGGCUUGCUUUCUUUAAUUUUAAGACCGCUCUGUCAUCGUAGCAACUACUUAAACGCCAUGCCUUUACUGUAGAUGCUGAAACCAGAGUAAUCGUAAACACCUUCAUUUUGGAAAGCUCUCCAACCUCCUUAGAAUUAGCAGCCGCGGCAGUCCCUUUGCCACGCACGAGUGCACAUGCUGCUUUGGUGAUGAACUGUGCAACACUGUUGCUGCGUCGCACAACUUGGUGCAGCAGCGAGCCUCGAUUUCACAAGAAUGACGGCACAGCCGAGGCACUGUGCAGCUUUUUGUAUGGCCCGCAUUUCCUCAAACAUCCAACAUUGUCUUGAAUUUUGUGUGUUCUGUCUUCAAUACCAUUGCAGCACCAACCUUGGCGAAGCCAAACAAAGUGCGAGGAUGUUACUCUCACCAUCACUGUGUGUAAGAAGGCAACCGCUUUCUCUGUCUCUGUGACAUGAACUUUUUCCUUCAUUUUUCCAAAGGCUGUCAUUGAGGAAGACAAACCCUAAACAUGAUGUUAGAAUGUAUGAGUGCAACAAAAUGGUACACUGAAUGGACAUGCAUGCUCGCAAACAAAAAAAUAUGGCCUUGUUAUAAGAUUGAACUCGUAUAUAUGCUGCUCUUCACAAGUAUCACUUGUGCACAUACACAUUUGGGCCCCACUGUGAAUGUCAGUUGUACAACUUAACACAUGCAUAUGUCCAUUCCAUACAUACACGUCUUCUCUUGCACUUGAACAUCUAACCAAGAAGGCUAAGCCUCAACACUUGCUAGGUAAGAAGUAACUGAAGCUUCUUUUUCAUUUCUCGCACGCAGAUGCUAAAGUUGUAUAGUUGUUUGUCCUUGUUUUACUUAAAAAACUGAUCUGAAGACACUACACUGGGCUUGCAUUAUUUUAACUUAUACGGACCACAGACUAUAUUUAUCAGAGGUUUAGGUUAUCCAAAGCAGAAUAUAAAAAAGCUGAAAAUAAAAUUGUGGAUGAUUACAUGUUUGAACAGAUAUAUAAAUUCAAGGGGAACAUGAAUGGAUAUACACAUGGUUCAACUGAUUUAUUGGUGAAUAACUAGUUUGCGCCAUACAGCGGUAACAGCCACAGUUGUGUACACACAUCUUGAAUGCGAAACUUGGGUAUAUUUUGACUAUUCACACCUCAUGAUUGUCCUUUCAUCAACUAUUUUCUCACCAUGUUCAUCUGUCUCGGGUAGCCAAAAUGUUUCCCUGAAAUUGGAGCUCAUUAAACAAACAAACAAAAAAGACAAACAGAGAUCUAUUUGUUUUAGCUAGAGCUUAGGAUUAUCCAAGUUGGAAUUAUUCUGAGGCAACUGUAAUUAAUGUUCAUGCCACAAUAAAUAUCCGCAAGCUUCUCAAACAGCAUUCAAUAAAAACAUUUUUUGUUGUUGGCGUGAACGCCCACAUUGUGAUUUCUAGGUGUCCUAAAUAUACGGAGGGUUUUGUCCAGAAAACAUUUACCACCUUAAAAUCAUCGCACUUUACUCACAUGAUACCACAGACUGCUUGAAGGCCACUUUAUACUGCUCAACAUAAAUUGAUGCAAGGCGUCUUUCAGCAACAUUACAACAUUCCUAGCAAAGAGCAAUAUUCAAGCAAUGCACCAGACAGUGACCUCAACAAGUCAUUUCAUUCACCACUGUGUCAUUUAGUGUUCUAAGAACGACAAAUCACUGAUUAACCAACAAAUGAAGCUUGCUGAGGUAAGCUUGAAAUCAAACUUCUCCUUUGCCUAAAAUACCUUGCCAAGCCCAUCAAAUACCCGAUCCAUGAACAUGAGCAGGCAUGUUGGUUCCAACAGGCUAACAAGACCAAUCUGUAGCUACUGUUUGUAGACUUCCAAGAGUGACAAGA